AUGAAUACUAAUGUGAAUGACGAAGAUUAUCUUGAUAAAUUGACUCGUGCAUUGCCUUGGCAUCGAACAUUUUCAUUAUAUGAUCGAAUUUUAAUCGUAUUUGUUGCUGCAAUAUUUGUAUCAUUUGUCGGUUGUACUUUACUUUGUUUUAUUUAUUCACGAUCAUCUUUACGACGACGAUAUUCUUCGAAAGCAAACUUUAAUAAAAAACAAAGUGUUUCGAUCCCUACAGCACCCAAAGAAGAUACAUUUGUAUAUACAUCAUCACCACCAAGUUAUGAAUCAAUUGUUCUAACAGACAAUAGUACUACUUUUAAUAACUUAAGUAAAAUUCGGCCUUCGGAAUUGGAAAGAAGAUCAAUUCCCUGCUCAAUAUCAGAUAGUGAUGUUGAUCGUCUAUCGUCAAUUAAUAGAAAACGUUUUCUAUCACAAUCGACACGCUCAUCUCUUUCGAAUGAUGAUGCAACAUCAACGAGAACAAUGGUUAAUAAUCAUCUAUCACCUCCAUUUACUCAAGUUCAUACUAAACUUCAUUUUGAUACUAUAAAAAAUCUACUAAUGAUUCAUUUAACAAAUGUUGAACAGAUUGCAUUACAUCCAGCAUUUGAUGAACACGCCGAAUUUUUUAUUCACGUACAAUUAAUAAAUAAUAAGAUAUUGAAAAAAUUUCAAGACAUACAUAAAAAACAUUGGUCAAGUGUACAAUUCAUUACAUGGAAAAAACAGCAAGAAAAGACAACAAAGAAAUUAGUUCGAAUAUCAGAUGACAAACUAUUAUGUGAUGAACAUUUACAAUUUGAACUGAGUAAAGAUAAUAUAACAUCAACAUCACUUCGAUUUUUAUUUUUUUGUGUCGAUCGAUCUGGUAUUCAAGAUUUAAUGUUUGAAUCAGUACUUUGUUUGACUCCAUCUAUGUUAAAUGAAUAUCAACAAAUCAUUGAAUUUAAAGAUCUUCCUCAAAUUACAUUUGGUGAGAUAUAUCUUGGUAUUAGUCACUUACCAACUGCAGAAAGAUUGACAAUUAAAGUUAACAAAUUACGUUAUCUUUGUAAAAUAGAGACAGAUGAAAAAAUCGAUGCUCACUUAACCGCAGUAUUUUUUCAUCGUGGUCGUCGAUUUUUUCAAAAGAAAUUUUCACCUUUUAUUAUCGAUGGAUCAGUAACAAAAAAUAAUAAUAUAUAUGAAAUAAAUGAGAGUAUUAUGCAAAAUAUUCCACAAAAUGAUAUUCAAUCAGUAUAUGUACAUUUUGAACUCGUUAUUCGUAUGUUACAUUCAAAUAAAGAAUCAAUAAUCUCUUGUGGUACAAUUCUUCUUGGUGAACAUACACGAUAUGAAUCUGAUUGGCAAAAUAUUCUUGAACAACCUCGACAAACCCACCUUAGGUGGUAUCAGUUCUUUGGAUAA